UCUAUUCAGUGAUAUACCCAUAGCGGCGGCAACCCUUCAAAUGACACCAAUAGACUGGUCCUAUCAAACUGAACCUCAAGAAGCCUCCUGUUUUGGACUCAUUAACCGCCGGAGUCGUUGGCCUAGGGGUCGAGUGCUCGGGGGGUCAUCUGUGCUUAACUACAUGUUAUAUAUAAGAGGCAAUAGUCGUGAUUAUGAUGGUUGGGCUCAGAACGGAGCCUAUGGCUGGUCUUGGGAUGAAGUUCUGCCUUAUUUCAUAAAAUCAGAGGACAAUCGCGACCCAAGUAUUGCCUACAAUGAGAUCAUGUGA